UGGUAGUCUAAUUUAUUAUUUACUUCUUUAAAAUGGGGAAACAGAUACAAAGUUGCAUUACAUAUAUAACGCAAUACAAUUAGAUCCCAUUUGACCGAGUAAACGCUAAGAUCCACACAAACUCAAUCGUCAACUCCUCUCUCUUCUCUAUUCUAUAUAGUUGCGUGAAAUGUAAUGAAAGUGAUCAUCAUUCACUUCUAAGAUGGCGGUAUCUAUAGUUUCUUCCAUCAUUUUCUUUCUUCUGUUUAUCAUACUUUCACAAUAUGUAGAUGGAAACGGUUUUGCUGCCCAAAUGGAACAUCGCAAACUCGGUGGACCGAAAAAAACAAUGACCAUGAGGAGAAACUUGGAAGAAAAUGGGCGCCAAGGCUCCAAAAUUGCAACUCCUGGGAGCACGUCACGGCACAGUGGACAAAAAAACAUUGAAAAAGAGCCGUCAAAAACAAUUUAUGGUCAUCAAUUACGUCCUGAUCAAAUCAAAAGGGGAAGCCCUUGCAAAAUCUACACCCGAUGUAAACAUUCAUCCUCACUUCCACAACCUCCUCCGCUUCCAAGCUCUUCUAUAGACACACAAGGACUUGGUCACUGAUCGCACUGUAGCUUCAAAUGCCAAUUCUGGAUCGAUAAAACGGUGUAUAUUUUCUAGUCUUCUUUUCUCGAUACGACUAUUUGUAUAUUGAUACAUGGAGGUUUAUAUAACUUUGGCGUGACAUAUGUUGCCUUUGGAAUGUUUAACUAUAUAUUCUUAAGACAAAGAGAAGCUCGAUGCAUCUGUUUGGCUAAAGCUAUAAUGAAUCUAUUCCACGUACAAAAAACAACGAAUGAAUCCCUUUCGAGGGGUUUGAGGAAGACAGAUGAUAAACAGUGUUAAGUCCCCACGUGGCUGAGUAAACUAAAACAUUGACAUGCUUGAGCAUGAAGCCAAAAAUAUUGGGAUUUCCUAUGUAAUAUCGCACGUUCAUAUGGUUCACUCCUUUUGAUAGAUGGCUGUGCGUUCAGGUCUUGGUCUUUUGUCUCUCUCUUACA